AUGGACGUCAUGGAGUUAGUUGAGAACGAGCAAAAUGCACGCCCUUUUCAAUGCGACUGGAAGACAUGCAGCAAGAGUUUUAACAGGAAAUCUGACCUUCAGCGUCAUUAUCGCAUACAUACCAAUGAGAGACCAUACUCAUGCGUAACCCCAGGAUGCGGGAAAAGCUUCAUCCAAAGAAGUGCCUUGACCGUGCACAUUCGAACACAUACCGGCGAAAAGCCUCAUCAGUGUCAACACAUUGGGUGCGGCAAAAGAUUUUCCGACUCAUCGAGUCUUGCGCGCCAUAGACGUAUUCACACAGGCAAAAGACCCUACAAAUGCGCACAUGAAGGUUGCUUAAAGAGCUUUUGUAGAAAGACGACCAUGGUCAAGCAUCAACGACGUUCACAUCAACGCGGUAUUCAUUCAUCGGAACUUGAUGACGGCGAGACAUCCGAUUCUGAUAGCGGAGAGUCACCAACCACCCCUCGACAUCACUCUAGUCAAAUUCAAUGGCCGCCUCAGCAGCACCUGACAGUACCCGGUGUUCCUCAUGGACAUCAGAUGCACCGAGCACAUUCAUUCGCGGAUUUUGGACAGCAUCAACAAAAUGAUGGAUACCCAAUGCCACAAGGAUACAAUCACAGACAUAGUCUUUCAGGAGGGGUUCAAUCUUAUGGCCCCAUUCCAGAUCAGCAUCAUCACAUCAUGCAAAGACAGCCUAGUCUGCAGCAUGCCUCUUACUACGUCCCGGAGCAGAACAAUCCUGGUGUUGCAACUUUGAACACCAACCCAACUCCAAUUCAGACGUACCACAUCCCUCGACAUUCUAUGGAGAGACAUCCCCAGGAGAUGUUGCAAAACAGCCCUGGUAGCUACUCUUCUCAAUCACGCGGCAGCCCAGUCUCCCAAGAGUCAUACUACACGCACACCCACCACCCAGUCCAUGUUCCUACCUAUGGCCUUCACGGUCAAUCCCCAACUGAUACCCAGCCAAUGAUUCAUUACCAUCAUCAGCAUUUGCCACAACCCCAUUCAAUUCCGUCACCGAUUGCACAAGUACCGCAUCAUUUGCAACAACAAUACCCACAACCCCCGGAGCAUGGCCAAUGGUAUGAAAAUACUCCGUAUCAACAACCUGAGGUCAUCGGCCAUGUGCCAUUGUAUCCUCAAGUCACUGUCUUCAGUGAUCCAUGGCCUAAGCUCGAGACGUUCGAUGAUCCAUCGUUACAAAUGCCCAGUGCUCGCAUUGAGAGUUUAUAA